ACCAUUCUUUCAUUGCAAGCUUAAUUAGCUACUACUCCCACUACUAGCUACUCCUCUCUUCAAUUGAAGCUUUGAAAAAUCUGUUUUGGGUUUUUCUGAGGAUUGGGAAUUGUGCCAAUUUUCAGUUUGGGUUUUUAAUUACUUGCACAAACUUUGAUAGAUACACCAUCAAAGCUUGACCUGUGUUGUUGCUGGGUUUGCUCUGUUUUUGGUGUGUUAUAUUCAAAGAUGGGUGACAAUAAUGCAAAGAACCAGGUUUUUGAUGUCUCAGUUAAUGUUCUUCAACGAGGGAACUCCAAGUUCUUUGAUGAUGAUGGUCGUCCCAAAAGAACUGGGAGUGUUUGGACCGCAAGUGCACACAUAAUAACAGCUGUGAUUGGGUCUGGUGUUCUGGCUCUAGCUUGGGCAAUAGCACAGCUUGGUUGGAUUGCAGGCCCUGCUGUAAUGUUAUUGUUCUCCUUUGUGACUUACUACACUUCAACUCUUCUUGCUGCCUGUUAUCGCUCUGGUGACCCUGUUAAUGGCAAGAGAAACUACACUUACAUGGAUGCUGUUAGGUCCAAUCUUGGUGGUGUGAAGGUGAAGAUUUGUGGGGUAGCUCAGUACUUGAACCUUUUCGGGGUGGCAAUUGGGUACACGAUUGCAUCAUCAAUAAGCAUGAUGGCAAUCAAGAGGUCUAAUUGCUUCCACAGCAGUGGAGGGAAGAACCCAUGUAGAAUGAAUAGCAAUCCAUACAUGAUUGCUUUUGGGAUUAUUGAAAUCAUCUUCUCACAAAUCCCAGAUUUUGAUCAACUAUGGUGGCUUUCCAUUCUAGCUGCAGUUAUGUCCUUCACUUACUCAUCAAUUGGUCUUGGUCUUGGAAUUGCUCAAACCGCAGAAAAUGGAACAAUAAAAGGAAGUCUAACUGGCAUCAGCAUUGGCACAGUCACUCAAACACAAAAGAUAUGGAAGAGCUUCCAAGCACUUGGAGACAUUGCUUUUGCCUACUCAUACUCCAUGAUCCUAAUUGAAAUUCAGGACACAAUUAGGUCACCACCAUCAGAAUCAAAGACAAUGAAGAGGGCAUCAUUGGUUAGUGUUGUUGUCACAACAAUAUUUUACAUGCUAUGUGGGUGUAUGGGUUAUGCUGCUUUUGGAGACAUGUCACCAGGAAAUCUCCUAACUGGGUUUGGUUUCUACAACCCAUAUUGGCUACUUGACAUAGCCAAUGCUGCUAUUGUGAUUCACUUAGUUGGUGCAUACCAAGUCUAUUCUCAACCCUUAUUUGCCUUCAUUGAAAAACAAGCAGCUUCAACAUACCCAGAUAGCCAAUUCAUCAACAAAGACAUCAAGGUCCCGAUUCCGGGUUUUCGACCUUAUAAUCUCAACCUCUUCAGAUUGGUUUGGAGGACAGUUUUUGUGAUCAUAACCACAGUUAUUUCUAUGGUGUUGCCGUUCUUUAACGACGUCGCUGCACUACUUGGUGCACUGGGAUUCUGGCCUCUCACAGUUUACUUUCCUGUGGAGAUGUACAUUGCACAAAAGAAGAUACCCAGAUGGAGCACGAGAUGGGUUUGUCUACAAACACUAAGCAUGGUUUGUCUCAUGAUCAGCAUUGCUGCCACUGUUGGGUCUAUUGCAGGAGUUGUUGAAGAUCUCAAGUCUUAUAAGCCCUUUCAGACCACUUACUAGGUUUAUACACAAAUUCCAUAAGUAUCACAAUUGGUACAAGGAAAUAAGAAACAACAGAAUGAGCUAGGAUUUCAAUUCUUGUUCAUGUUCAUAUGUAAUAUUUGUCAAUUUGAUUUACAAUUUCAAAAGAGAAGGGGCCUUGCCCAUGUAUGAAUUUAAGAAGGAGCCUCUCUCUCUCUCUCUCUCUCUCAAAUCUAUGUAAAUUUCUCUGUGGUCCAAUGCAAAAAUUUCAAGAACAACGAUUUUUCUU